UUUUGGGCCUUUGGUGUCCCUCAUUGCUACUUUCUGACCAUACUCAUCCAGCUGUUAGGGUUUCUUCAUUGUUCCUACAUUUUCACUAACCCACUGCUGAUAUAGUCUGUUGGAUUGUGUUUUGUCAUUUCCCUUGUUUAUAAUACAGACUGGUCAUGUCUCCAUUCAAAAAGGCUGCUGUGAAAGGAGGUUCUUCCAAAGGGAAGGAACCCGUAAUUGAUGUUGAUGAAGACACACCUCUCCCGAAAGUGACUCGCUCUUCAUCACAGCGAUUCGAUCCCAAUAAGUUCAGAUCCUAUUCAGCAUAUCAGUCAUAUGAGAACUUCUUUCUUCAUGCCACACCACUACUAGAGAGAGCGGUGGAUCUGCCUUCACUUCAUAACACUGACAUUCCGAUAUGCUUUGCUCACAAGGAUUGGAAUUACCUUCUCUCGGAUCCGGAUAUCGUGUAUGAAGAGUUGGUUAAAGAAUUUUAUGCUAAUGCAAUUGUGGAGGGAGAUGAACUUAAGUGCUGGGUUCGGCAAAAGAGCUUUUCUGUUUCUCCUACAUACCUGGCAGAAAUUCUUCACAUCAACAGACCCAUUUUUCGUCAUUCACCAGUCUAUGAUGAUCUAUGUCCUGAUGAGGAGCUUCUCAAACAAAGUCUUGGUCAAGACUUGGAGUUCUCACCCAAUGGCAAAUCCAUCAGUGUUUCCUCCCUUUCUCCGAAACUGCGAGUGCUUACAAUUGUGAUGUUUCACAAUUUGUACCCUUUAUCAAGUACUGGGUAUAUGAAUCUCGGACGAGCUUUGCUUCUUCAUGAUCUGCAAUAG